CAACAAAGAUAAAGUGCUUAGAAUCCUCACCCACACAUUGAGUGAGAAAGGGACAAUAAGUACCUGGGCCAGCAAAUGGGGAAGCACAUUCAGUUAUGAAAAUUCCACAGUUUUUGCUUCCUUCUUCAAGCUUCAUCUUCAUUGAAGAUUGAGUCUGCAAGUGGCCAUAGAACAAGGAAGCAUGGAGGUUCAGAGAUAUCUUCUUAUUUCCUUCUUUCAUGCAAGUCUUGCUUCUCUCAUUUUGCCUUUUGUUUCCUCAUCUCAAGAACAUGAACAAACUAAAAGCUAUUCAAGAAACAAAGACGACAGCUUCAAGAUGAGUUCCAGGUUGCUGUAUGAAAUCAAAGUACAUGGUUUUCUGCUAUGGGCUUCAAUGGGGUUCUUGAUGCCUGUUGGUAUAAUUGCAAUCAGACUUGCAACCAGAGAAAGGAAUCAAAGAAGGCGAAAAAUUAUAUUCUAUGGUCAUGCAGUUCUGCAGCACGUUGCAGUUAUUGUUGCCACAGCAGGAGCAAUAAUGUCCAUAAAAAAUUUCAACAACUUAUUCAACAAUACUCAUCAGAGAAUAGGAGUAGCAUUAUAUGGUAUUAUCUGGCUGCAGCUCCUUCUUGGUAUUUUUCGACCUCAAAGGGGAUCCAAAAGAAGAAGUGCAUGGUACCUUUCACAUUGGAUAGCAGGAACAGCAGUUUCAUUUCUGGGUGUAUUGAGUGUAUAUUUAGGACUACAAGCCUAUGAAGAAAAAACAUCAAAAAGUGUAACAGUUUGGAAGAUACUUUUCACUGCCCAAAUAUGUUUGAUUGUGGUUUUGUACCUCUUUCAAGACAAAUGGGUUUAUUUACACAACCAAGGACAGGUUUUGGACAGUGAAUUGCAAAAUUCUACUGCUCCAGAGAUUUGUCCUGAUGAAAACCAACAGAAGAAGGAAUUGAAGCCUGAAUCUUGUUAAGGAAGAUAAAGUAUGUUGAAGAGUCACAACAUUUUGUGACUUGGCAUGUGCUGGACAUGAAUACAGCUUUUUCACACAGUCUUGAUACUUCAUAGUUUGUUUAGUAACUUUGGCUUCUUCUAUUAUAGGAAAAAGGAGUAUAAAAUGUGCAGAGUAAUUAUUUAGAGAUUGGUAAGAACUUCUUUUAGUUUUACUUUUAUUUUAAAAAAUAUCAAGUAUGAGGCUCACUUGUAGCCUUCAUAGAGAUAGAAGGGAAUAAAAGUACAGUAGAACAACCAAAGGCAAGUUAAAUACCGUUGCUAUUCAAUGGGGUUUCAUUUGGUCUUCAAAGGAUAAAUCAAGUUAAUUGCACAGCUUUUUUAA